AUGAUCGAUUCUAAAAAUUUCCGAUGUGCUCUCCAUUACGAACUGGGCAGAUCCUUUUCACUGAGUAUUCUACGAUUGAAUAUCCCACGAUUCUCAGUGGUUGCCUUAGUGUGUGGUAUUCUUGGAUUACUUUUGAAUGAUUCCAACGCGGACGCUGCACCCGAAAUAUGCGAAGGCCUAUCCCUCCUCCAGCAUAGAGGCCAGGACGCUUGCGGAAUCAUCACCUGCGGUCCAGGAGGCAGAUUCUACCAAUGCAAGGCAAAUGGAAUGAUUCGGGACAUUUUCGACGCCAACUCAAUUUCAAGAUUAAUUGGUGGAAUGGGUGUCGGUCAUGUCCGAUAUCCCACUGCGGGAAGUUUCAACAACGCUGAAGCGCAGCCUUUCUAUGUCAACUCUCCGUACGGAAUCGUAUUCGCUCACAAUGGAAACCUUAUUAACACCUCAUCCUUAAUGGAAUUCAUGGAUCAAAUCGCUCAUCGACAUAUCAACACGGCCUCUGACUCUGAACUACUCUUAAAUAUCUUCGCCUAUAAUCUGCAACAAACUGGAAAAUUCCGUAUCAACGAGGAGGAUAUAUUCACAUCUAUUGGUGGGAUGAUGUCGCAAGUUAAAGGUGCAUAUGCAUGCGUAGCCAUGCUUGCUGGUUUUGGGAUAAUCGCAUUCCGCGACCCCAACGGUAUCCGACCCGUCGGAUGGGGUGUCAGAGCUACGGCGAGCGGAAAAGAUUACAUUGUCGCAAGUGAAAGUGUGGUUGCGGAUGCUGGAGGAUUUACCGAGUGGAACGAUGUUAAUCCGGGCGAGGCCAUCAUCAUCACGCGAAACGGUGUAUCUCGCCGACAAAUAGCGGCUCCUGCCACCUUCGCUCCGGACAUUUUUGAGUACGUUUACUUCGCUCGACCCGACUCCGUUUUGGAUGGUAUCAGCGUAUACCGGAGUCGGAUGGCGAUGGGAGACGCACUUGCCGACAACGUGAAGAAAGUGUUGGAGGAAGUGAAUAUCACAAUAGACGUCGUCAUCCCCGUGCCCGAUACAUCCAGAGUCGCUGCGCUCAACUUGGCACAGAGGCUGAAUCUACCUUACCGAGAGGGAUUCGUAAAAAAUCGUUAUGUUGGACGAACCUUUAUUAUGCCUGGACAGCAGAUGAGGAAGAAGAAUGUGCGACGCAAGUUAAACGCGAUGGCUUUGGAGUUUGCAAAUAAGAAUGUUCUCAUUGUCGACGACUCCAUCGUGCGUGGUACAACCUCAAAGGAAAUCGUCCAAAUGGCCAAGGAUGUUGGUGCAAAGAAGGUUAUUGUUGCAAGUUGCGCACCACCAAUUCGGUAUCCAAACGUCUAUGGUAUCGACAUGCCCUCACGGAAGGAAUUGGUAGCGCAUGGUCGCGACGAAGAACACAUAGCGGAAGCGAUCGGAGCAGACCUCGUCAUCUUUCAGACACUUCCUGAUCUGAUUGAGUCGGUCCGACAACUCAAUCCUGCGAUUGGCAGCUUUGACUGCUCCGUCUUCAGUGGGGAAUAUGUAACUGGCGGAGUAGAUGAGGCGUAUCUGCAACAUCUGGAGUCCCUGCGAGCAGAUAACAUUCGUGGAAAAGCUCUGAAUCUAGAUCUGAAUGCACUGGAUAACAAAGACGUGAAUGGCUCAUCGAGGGGAAAUAGUACGGGUGCAAAUACACCCGUCAAUGGUUCUGAUACGGUAGGGCUGCACAACUCAUGGAAUACGAACUAG